UGUAAAUCAUGAUUUGAAUAUUAAACAUAGAAUUAUAUUUUAGAAAUCUCAAUAAAUCUUAACAUUUGGUUCAUUUUCUUAUAAAUUUUUCAAGUUUAGAGUCGGUUCAAAAGUUUUUCAUUCAGAAUGUUGACAUACAUUUUUAUGCUAUUAGCUUUAUCAACAACGUGUGUUGUUGGAAUUUACCAUAGAUGCCCACUAAAAGAAAAUAUCCAUCCUUGUACAUGCGAGAAAAUCAACGAUCACGUGCAAAUACUUUGCAAUGGAUUAACUUUUAAACAAAUCAAAAAUGUAUUUUUUCAAGCCAAACAUAUAAAUGAAUACGAUAUUAACGAAUUAUUCAUUUUAAACUCUUCUAAUUUACAACUGUCGAGGGAUUUAUUUCGCGAACUAAACAUUUACCAGUUAAAAAUAGUAAAUUCGGUUAUAGCGAAUUUCGAUUUGUUUGGAGCAUUUAUCGGUUUACAAGAGAUAUUUAGUGGAAUUAUAAUAAAAAAUUGCACCAUUCAAAAUAUUAAUUUUACUACCGGAAACAUGUUUCAUCGAAUGAGAUUUUUAAUAUUCGAACAGACAAAGAUAACAGAUGUUAUUACCACAAACAUGGCGUCAUUGUUUCCAAAGUCAUUAAGGAAAAUAACAUUAUCCUCUUCUACACGAAAUGGAAUUUCGAAAAUCGAAGAUAAAUCCUUUUCUAGAUUUCCAUUAAUUACAAUACUUAAUCUAUCUUAUAAUCAAAUUUCGUCAAUUCGAAGAUCAAUAUUUCCGAAUCCUGCAAAACGAUUACAAGAUUUAAACUUGGCUUAUAAUAAUAUACAAUUCUUGCCGGAUGACAUCUUUGAACAAAUGCCAUAUUUAGAAUUUUUAAAUUUGAGUUACAAUAAAAUGAAAAUUCUAUCCGUCUCCACAUUUCUAAAAGUAUGGAAUCAGUUACAUCAUGCUAACUUAACCGGUAAGUCAUUUAUGGCACCACGAGAGCCGUAA